ACGGGCUCGAUAUUUUCUUCGUAGCAACCAUGUCUAAGGGACCUGCAGUUGGCAUUGAUCUUGGCACCACCUACUCCUGCGUGGGUGUCUUCCAGCACGGAAAAGUAGAGAUAAUUGCCAAUGAUCAGGGAAACAGAACCACUCCAAGCUAUGUCGCCUUUACUGACACCGAACGACUGAUCGGUGAUGCUGCAAAAAAUCAGGUUGCAAUGAACCCCACCAACACAGUUUUUGAUGCCAAGCGUCUGAUUGGACGCAGGUUUGAUGAUGCUGUUGUCCAGUCUGACAUGAAGCACUGGCCCUUCAUGGUGGUGAAUGAUGCAGGCAGGCCCAAGGUGCAGGUGGAAUACAAAGGAGAGACCAAAAGUUUCUACCCAGAAGAGGUGUCAUCUAUGGUUCUAACAAAGAUGAAGGAAAUUGCAGAAGCUUACCUUGGGAAGACUGUUACCAAUGCUGUGGUUACUGUGCCAGCUUAUUUCAACGACUCUCAGCGUCAAGCUACCAAAGAUGCUGGGACUAUCGCUGGUCUCAAUGUGCUUAGGAUUAUCAACGAGCCGACUGCUGCUGCCAUUGCCUACGGUCUAGACAAAAAGGUUGGAGCUGAAAGAAACGUACUCAUCUUCGACUUGGGAGGUGGCACUUUUGAUGUGUCCAUUCUCACUAUUGAGGAUGGGAUUUUUGAGGUCAAAUCUACAGCUGGAGAUACACACUUGGGCGGAGAAGACUUCGACAAUCGCAUGGUCAACCAUUUCAUCGCCGAGUUUAAGCGCAAGCAUAAGAAGGACAUCAGUGAGAACAAGAGAGCUGUCCGCCGCCUUCGCACUGCUUGUGAACGGGCUAAGCGCACCCUCUCCUCCAGCACCCAGGCCAGUAUUGAGAUCGACUCCCUCUAUGAAGGAAUCGACUUCUAUACCUCCAUUACCCGUGCCCGAUUUGAAGAGUUGAAUGCAGACCUGUUCCGUGGGACCCUGGACCCUGUAGAGAAGGCCCUUCGGGAUGCCAAACUAGACAAGUCACAGAUCCAUGACAUUGUCCUGGUUGGUGGCUCUACUCGUAUCCCCAAGAUUCAGAAGCUGCUACAAGACUUCUUCAACGGGAAAGAACUGAAUAAGAGCAUCAACCCUGAUGAGGCUGUUGCUUAUGGUGCAGCUGUCCAGGCAGCCAUCUUAUCUGGAGACAAGUCUGAGAACGUUCAGGACCUGCUGCUCUUGGAUGUCACACCUCUGUCUCUCGGCAUCGAAACUGCUGGCGGGGUCAUGACCGUCCUCAUCAAGCGGAACACCACCAUUCCCACCAAGCAGACGCAGACCUUCACCACCUACUCCGACAACCAGCCCGGGGUGCUCAUCCAGGUUUAUGAAGGUGAGCGUGCCAUGACCAAGGAUAACAACCUGCUGGGCAAGUUUGAGCUCACAGGCAUACCUCCUGCACCCCGUGGUGUUCCUCAGAUUGAAGUCACUUUCGAUAUCGAUGCCAAUGGCAUCCUGAACGUCUCUGCUGUUGAUAAGAGCACUGGGAAAGAGAACAAGAUCACCAUCACCAAUGAUAAGGGUCGUCUGAGUAAGGAGGACAUCGAGCGCAUGGUCCAGGAGGCUGAGAAGUACAAGGCUGAGGAUGAGAAGCAGAGGGACAAGGUGUCCUCCAAGAACUCCCUGGAGUCCUACGCUUUCAACAUGAAAGCCACGGUGGAGGACGAGAAACUCCAAGGAAAGAUCAACGAUGAGGACAAGCAGAAGAUUCUUGACAAGUGCAAUGAAAUCAUCAACUGGCUCGACAAGAACCAGACUGCAGAGAAAGAAGAGUUUGAGCACCAGCAGAAGGAGCUGGAGAAAGUCUGCAACCCCAUCAUCACCAAGCUGUACCAGAGUGCAGGGGGCAUGCCAGGGGGGAUGCCUGGGGGCAUGCCUGGGGGCUUUCCCGGCGGGGGUGCACCUCCGUCUGGCGGCGCUUCCUCAGGACCCACCAUUGAAGAAGUUGAUUAAACCAACCCUGAGUGUAGAUUACAUAGCAUUGCUCCAUGCAGUAACAUGUUGAAGGACCCCAAUUUGUAGUGAACUCUGGCAGUCUUAAAAUUUCAGCUGCUAUAGUGAAUUACUGGGCAUUCUCAAUACUUGAAAAUGGAACACAUGCACAGGGAAAAAUAACAUUGCACUUUAUAAGCACUGUAUCGUAAGUGGAAAAUGCAAUGUCUUAAAUAAAACUAUUUAAAAUUGGCACCAUA